CGAGUAAAAGGGAAGGAGAGUGCCCGUGAUACCCAGGCGAGUCACAUGGCUGAAUUGUGUGCAGUCUCGCAGUGCAUGGUCUGCGUGUAUCUUUAUUGGAAUUCGUUCAUUUGCGUAUUUUUGGGCGGAGGCGGAUUGAAACUGAAAUUGAAUGGUAAACAUCAACGAAUAAUUCGAUAGUAAAACAUAAAGAAGGUGCCAUGUCAGCAAUUUCCCCCCCAGAAGUGAAACCCAAACCUGCAGUUCCAGCCAAACCCUCACAUGUCACCUUGCCCCCAGCUUCAACCCAUAGCUCGCAAGGGCCUGGCAGAUUAUCGCCACCCGCUCUGCUGGGGUAUGUAGGGAUUGACACCAUCAUCCAGCAGAUGAGGAAGAAGACCAUGAAGACCGGGUUCGACUUCAACAUCAUGACCGUGGGUCACAGCGGCUUGGGGAAGUCCACCCUGGUAAACACGCUGUUCAAGUCGCAGGUCAACAGGAGGAGCGAUAGGUGGAGCCGUGAUGAGAGGAUCCCAAAGACUGUGGAAAUCAGGAGUGUGUCCCAUGUGAUUGAGGAAGGGGGAGUAAAGAUGAAAUUGACUGUAAUUGACACUCCAGGCUUUGGGGACCAGGUCAACAAUGAAAACUGCUGGGAGCCAAUCUCAAAGUACAUCAAUGAGCAAUAUGAAAAAUUCCUGAAGGAGGAGGUCAACAUCACCCGCAAGAAGCGCAUCCCCGACACCAGAGUCCACUGCUGCUUGUACUUCAUCUCUCCCACUGGACACUCGCUGCGGCAGCUGGACAUCAAGUUCAUGAAGCACUUGAGCGGUGUGGUCAACAUCAUCCCUGUCAUUGCCAAGUCCGACACACUGACCCCCGAGGAAAAGAAUGAGUUUAAGCAGAGGGUGCGGAAGGAGCUGGAGAUGAGCGGGAUAGAGUUUUACCCUCAGAAAGAGUUUGACGAGGACAUUGAGGACAAGAAUUACAAUGAUAAGAUCAGGGAGGCAAUGCCCUUUGCAGUGGUCGGCAGCGAUAAAGAGUACCAGGUGAACGGGAAACGUGUGCUGGGGAGAAAGACUCCCUGGGGAGUGGUUGAAGUUGAAAACCCAAAUCACUGUGAAUUUGUUCAGCUACGAGACUUUAUGAUCAGGUCUCACCUACAGGACCUGAAGGAAACUACUCACAACAUUUACUAUGAAACAUACAGAGCAAAGAGGCUCAAUGAAAAUGGAGGCCUCCACCCCCUCGCCUCCUCUAGCCAAGCCGAUGCACCCCAAAGCAAUGUGUGAAAAGAG